UGUUUCAUAAAUUGGCUCAGUUCGCAAUAUGUUAGAUUUCUUCCAGAUUGAGGUCACACUUCCUAAACAGGGUGGAGGUUCUGAGGUAGUCAAAACAUGUUUUGCAGCAAAGGGGUUUGCUUUUGCUGCUAGAACAACUGAUGGUCCUGGAGAAUUUGGUUUUAAGCAAAGGGAUGACCAGGGAAGUCCCUUUUGGAGGCUUGUGCGCAAUGUAUUUAAAAAGCCUAAUAAAGAACAAGUUGAUUGUCAACAUCCAAAGCCCAUUUUGCUUGACACUGGGGAAAUGAAGCAACCAAACGUUUGGGCAGGCCAUUCACUUGUCAACAAUCUCGUUUCUAUAACCUUAAGCUUCCAGAAGUCAAUUGUUACAGUUUUUAUAAACCAACUUCUAGAUGUCUUUUUAGUCCAAUGGAGUUGGUAUGCCAUGGAGACAUGAUAUUUUUGGAUUACUCUUAGUUGUAUAAACAAACUUUAAUAACAUGGGGCACUUUUGCCUCUU